AUAGGCAAGGUUGAUUGGUCAGCGAUGUUUGACAGGAACUAAAUAAGCACCCUGAGUUUUGGUAGAAAUUUUGAAUAUAACGUUGUUGUUUUUUUUUAUAACUAAGUCGUUAUUUACAUUGUGAUAAAUACGUCGCGUCUCAUAUUUAAAGGAUAUUUUGGUUUAAAAAAAAAAGCAAAGCUCAGUCUAGGUGACAAGAACAUAUCUGGUAGCGUUUUGAGAGGCACAAUCUUCUCAGUAGGCUUAGAUGAACCAAACCUACUUAUUUAUAGAUCAUGGUGGUAAACUCUCCCUCUCCACUGCCUGAGAGGGCAAUUUAUGGGUUUGUUCUUUUCCUUGGCUCACAGUUCGGCUUCUUUCUGUAUUGCAUGUGGGCAUUUAUACCAGAGGAAUGGCUUCAUUCAAUAGGGCUCACUUACUGGCCUCAAAAAUAUUGGGCCCUUGCGAUGCCGAUCUAUCUGCUGGUUGCAUUAAUGAUCUUUGUGGUGUUGCUGUUCGGAGUGAACAUGAACAACACGGCUCCCCUCAACUCCGUGGAUAACAUCACAGAUGUGUAUGCGCAAGGCCAGAGGACAGAGGCCUGCAGCGAAGAGGGAAUACCCAGACUGAAAGAUGUUUCCAUUAGUGAAGUCAACAAAAUGUUCUAUAUGUCGCCCAAGCUAUAACAAACAGAAACAGAUUUUAGCUGGAGGCAGAGUAGAAGUGUAGCUGCUUGGGAUUUAUUGUGGUGCACUGUUUACCCUUUGUUUAUAAAAGAAGGAUUGUGCUUUAUUUAUUUAUCCAGGAACUAUGCAACAUGGGGCAAAGAUGUACUGAAUGAUUUGACUUUUUCUGACGCUUUACUUAUUUACUGUAUAUAUGACGUGCUGUGUGUGUGGUAAUAUCAGUAAUAUGCUGAAUGUGAUGUAACAUAAUAUCACAAUACAAACAAAUAAACCUAUUGUUGCAAAUGGUA